AUGAAAGCUGCCAUCCUUUUAUUCGCAGCCUUCUCCCGUGUAUGGGCUGAUGUAGAUUUAUGGCGAGCGUUCUAUAGCCCUCCCCAUGAAUUAUAUGGCAGACUUGCCAUCGCCUUUUUCCCAGACAGCCAGGGCGACUCCUGCAAGGCCAACGAUAUCAGCAGAGCCAUAGCUCUCACCACCCUUACUAUCCCGGAGGCAAACACCUGCUUCAACAUGAGCGAUAUCUUCUCCAAGAACAGCAGUUCCGGUUUCCAACAAUCCAAACAACAAGGUGGUGGGGGUUCGACACCUUGGGGCGUUGAUUGGGAUCUCAUCAACCAAGAUCUUUACGACGAAAACGCAAAUUACACGCACACUUGGGUCAGGAUGGUAAACGAGCUCAUACCGCAAGAAGGCAGGACGAGUCAGUGGUUCUAUGAGCAAUAUACGCUACCGGAUUGCCAGGAUGUGCGCCUCGGUGAUGAGAAGAGCGACGAUGUGCCGUUCUACUGGAUCAACUGCCAAACCGACAAGCACGGUUCCUGCAAGACUGCGACAUAUCCCAUUGGGAGUUUUGCCGUUUGGAGAACAGUAAACUAUGAUGAGCAUGAAGGUGAUGAGCAUGAAGGUGAUGAUGAUUGCCGCAGGUGGACAGAGUUUGGAGCCGCGAGCACGGCAAGAAUAAAUGCCGGCUGGCUGAUGGCGGCGCUGGUGAUGGCUAUAGUGGUGGUGGUAUAA